CCCUAAAAAAAAUAUAAGCAGGACAGUCGUUGCUCCGUUUAACAAGUAACAACUAACAGCAGACCAGAGUCCAGAGGCUGAGAAAAUCAUAAAACCUUAAAAGAGAUCGAUCAAUCCUCCUGGAACUAAGAUCGUGUAGCGGAAAGCAUGGCCAAGCAUCAUCCAGAUUUGAUUAUGUGCCGGAAGCAGCCAGGAAUUGCUAUUGGACGACUUUGUGAAAAAUGUGAUGGAAAGUGUGUAAUAUGUGAUUCCUACGUGCGCCCUUGCACACUUGUUCGAGUUUGUGAUGAAUGCAACUAUGGAUCCUUUCAAGGUCGCUGUGUUAUUUGUGGAGGAGUGGGUAUUUCUGAUGCCUACUAUUGCAAAGAGUGUACACAGCAGGAGAAAGAUAGGGAUGGAUGUCCAAAAAUUGUCAAUUUAGGGAGUGCCAAAACAGAUCUAUUCUAUGAACGUAAGAAAUAUGGUUUUAAGAAAAGAUGAUGAGAAUUGGAUGGACAUAUGUGUACUGCUAUUAAACUGCUUUUUAUUUUCUCAGUUUGAGAUGAAGAAUCUUGAUAUGUCGGGAUUAUGAGCAUAGUAUAGACAAAUAUGUAGGCUUUUACAUUGCUUUUAUUAUGCUUGAGCAUUGCUGAAGACGGCAGAUUUGAAAUGCUGGAGCUAUUUUAAAGUAUUGAGUUUGUUUUCGUA